UCCCAUAAAUGGGCCUAGCCCCUUUGAACCCAGCGACUGUAAGUAUGUAAUUUUCUUACACACCAUCGGCCGCUUGCUCUCAAAAAAUUGCGCGCUCUCUCGGUUGCUCAGUCGCUCAGUCAUUUGUCGACAAUGUCAGACAGGCCAAUUGGCGCCGAUGCUGCGCCGUCAAACUCCGACGAAUUUCCCCAAAUGUCCAGGGCUGAACUCUACGACAUCAUGUAUAAGAUGAAGAUUCUGACAGAUGAGAAGCCGCAACAAGCGCGGCAGAUUCUUACUGAUAACCCACAAUUGACCCGAUUUCUCUUUCAGGCACAAAUAAUGCUUGGAAUGAUGGGGUCCCCUCGUGAGACUCCAACCACCCAGCUACCAACACUGCAGCAUCCUCAGCAAGCACAGACAGCUCAGCAGCCAAGUGCUCAGGCAGCUCUUCCAUUGUCAGGUGAAGCUUCUUUACAGGAACAAACAAGUGGAUCUCAAACCCAAGUGCCUGUAAUGAAACAAAUGGAAAUCCAACCUGCAAUGCAAGCAUCUGCUUCUAUUCCUACCACCAACCCUCAGUCACAAUCUAUGCCCUUGCAUCCGCUACAGACAGUGCAGCAGCCUAAGGGACAUCUGAAUAUCCAAAUGGCUCCCUCUCAAAUUCUUAAUACACCUCCACUUCCUACUAGUUCUGCUUCACAGCCGCCCUUAGUUCGACCCCAGAUGCCCACAGCCUCCAACCAGUUUCAACAACCAUUACAAGCACCUAUCAUUCCACAUAUGCCUCUGCAACCACCAUUGCCUCCGCAUCCUAGACUUCCUUUGCCGCCAACUUUCCAACAUCAGCACCCUUCACAAAUGGGCUCCAAUAUGGCUUUCCAACAAUCUGGCAGUCAGCUGCAUCAUUCUCAGCCUGUGUUUCAUUCAGGUAGCAAGCCUAAUGCUGGUAUUGGGCCUUCAUUUACACAGGCACAGCCACAGAUUCCAAAUCAGCCACCAUCUCAAUCUUUUAAUCAGAUGGGAGGUUCACUUUUAAGGACAGAGUUCAGCAAUGCUGCUGGAAGCUCCAUGCAAGUGGACAGGGGAUCUUCUUCUUGGAUGCCGCCUCGGCAUGAGAAUACUAUGGGAACACAGCUUCCGGGGCCACCACCAUUAGUUCCUGGUCAGAUGGGCUCGACCAAUCCAUCUCCCCGUCCCCAACUGUUAAAUCCUGAGAUGGAGAAGGCUCUGCUACAGCAGGUCAUGAGCCUUACUCCAGAACAGAUCAAUCGGCUGCCUCCAGAGCAAAGGCAUCAAAUUCUACAAUUGCAGCAGAUGCUGCGGCAAUGAAAUAGCAGAAGUCAGGUCUUUCCCUGCUCAUGGGAUGCUGUCCGACAUAAAACUAUGUUGAAGGACUUCUGUUUGACUCCUUUUGCCUUUGACUGAAAACCUAUUAUUGAGGUUCUUGUGGAUUUUGGUUUAACUGUCUUUUAUCUAUCUAUGAGAUUUGGUAGAUAGUUUUCUGAAA